CUCUCUCUCUCUUUUAAAGGUUCCUAGGAGAUGGCACCAGUCACCUUGCCGCCAGGUUUUCGUUUCCAUCCCACCGACGAAGAGCUCGUUGCAUACUACCUCAAGAGGAAGAUUAAUGGAUAUAGAUUUGAGCUGGAGAUCAUCCCCGAGGUUGAUCUCUACAAGUGCGAGCCAUGGGAAUUACCAGAGAAAUCCUUUCUACCAAGCAAGGAUCUUGAGUGGUACUUCUUCAGCCCCCGAGAUCGUAAGUACCCCAAUGGAUCGAGGACAAACCGAGCAACUCGGGCUGGCUACUGGAAGGCCACAGGGAAGGACCGAAAAGUGAGCUUUCAAGGGCGUGCUGUCGGCACGAAGAAGACGCUUGUUUACUACAAGGGACGAGCACCGCGUGGCUCUCGGACACACUGGGUCAUGCAUGAGUACCGUCUCGACGAGAAGGAAAGCGAAAUGCCCUCCGGCUUGCAGGAGUCUUAUGCUCUUUGUCGCGUAUUCAUGAAGAGUACAACUGCUGGUGCUAAGAUCAUAGAGCAUUAUGGUUCACCUCGUGUAGAACCGUUGCAAUGGAAGCCAGCUGAUUCACACACAGCUGAGCUUUCUUCCGAUAGAAUUAAAAUUGGUGAAGAAUUUGGGAGCCGUGGUCGUCCUUCUCCUUCUGAGACGCACUCUUCAGAGACCAUUCAAGGAUCGACGCUUGAUGCGAGUGCUUCUGAGAAUCGCCAGUGGAUGCAGUAUCUAUCUGAGGAAGCGUUCGCCACUGGUCCAACAUUUCAUGAUCCAGCAUGCUUUCCUUGCACGCCACGGAAGAUAGAUAUAGAAAUAGAGUGUGCAAGACUUCAACGCAGGCUCACCUUGCCUCCCUUGGAAAUGGAUGACUUCUCAUGCAACAGUCUCAAUGAUUCAAAAGCCUCACUUUCGGGGACCUCUCGAGGAAGUGCAAGUCAAGUGGAGAUUCUGCAGGAGGUCUUAUCAGUUGCCUCAGCAACGCGGGACCUGAUCAACAGCUCCAUCUACCCUAAUAUAUUUUGCUGAGAUCACUCGGUCCGAAGAAUUUGCGUCUCUGUUGGAAGUUGACAGAAGAAAAAGAAGGGAUUCUGAAGCCACGCACCCUGGGAGAGUCUAUGACACUCGUCGAGAUGAGUGACUUCGAACAAAAGUUCAAGGAAGAGAACAAGAAAGCAGAGAUAUUACUAAGAGGAUCAAUGACUUGAAUAAAAGAGGUAUCUGAUGAUUUGAUUUGCUGUCAGUUUCACCACAGGAGUCGACAAAGAUGGCCACCACUCUCAUAGUGGCGUGGUAAGAACUAACUUGUCACACCAUAAGGAGGGCAACUUCCAUUUGAAUGCAGUAUCAAGGCAAGACUUCGUGGCUGAGAGAUUUGGAUUCGCAGCAUGAAGUUAGAUGUACAUUUCCAUGCUUUAGUAGGUUACGUUCAAAGCGUUGGUAGGUAGGAGACAACUUCAUAAGGAAUAAAUAAGGCAAUGGAACAUUGAGUGGAAUGCUACAAGUUGAGAUUGUAAUUAUUAUCAACAUUUCAGGGAAAACAAAUUCUUAAAGAGGUCAAAGAGGAUGAUGAUAAAAAGAAAAUGGUCAUCUUCCUUUGGAAUAAAUUUAGGUGAGAAAUAUAUGCAAAGACCCACAUGAAAUGUUGCAACAGGAUCCUGUAAGAAUGACCUUUCUUUUAUCU